GCGGCUGGGAGCUGAGGAGCAGGCCACACAGCCCUUUGGAGCUGCAUGAAGACCUGGAGCUGCUGUUCUUCCACGAUGUGGUUCUUUGCUCUGGUCCUGGGUUCCCUCACCACUUCCAUGGCUUGGGGGCACCCGCCUUCACCGCCUAUUGUGGACACCGUGCAGGGCAAAAUCCUGGGGACAUAUGUCAGCUUAAAAGGAUUUGCAGAGCCUGUGGCUGUUUUCCUGGGAAUCCCUUUCGCCAAGCCUCCUCUUGGACCCCUGAGGUUCACUCCUCCACAGCCUGCAGAACCAUGGGCCUUCGUGAAGAACGCCACCUCUUACCCUCCUAUGUGCUCCCAAGAUGGAGUGACAAGCCACAUGUUCUCAGAGAUCUUUACCAACCACAAGAACAUCCCUCUCAAGUUCUCUGAAGACUGUCUGUAUCUAAACAUUUACACCCCUGCUGACUUGGCAAAGAGGAGCAGGCUCCCGGUGAUGGUGUGGAUCCAUGGAGGAGGCCUGUUAGUAGGCGGGGCAUCAAGCUAUGAUGGGCGGGUCCUCUCCGCCCAAGAAAACGUGGUGGUGGUGACCAUCCAGUACCGCCUGGGCAUCUGGGGAUUCUUCAGCACAGGGGACGAGCACAGCCGGGGGAACUGGGGGAUCUUAGACCAGCUGGCCGCACUGCGCUGGGUCCAGGAGAACAUCGCCAGCUUUGGAGGGAACCCAGGCUCUGUGACCAUCUUCGGAGAGUCAGGAGGAGGUGAAAGUGUCUUUGUUCUUAUGUUGUCUCCCCUGGCCAAGAAUCUCUUCCACCGGGUCAUCUCUCAGAGCCGUAUGCUCCACACUGACAGCUUGGCCAGGACAGACAUUAAGGCCGUAGCUCAGCAAAUCGCCAUCUUGGCUGGGUGUGAAACCACCACCUCUGCUGUCAUGGUGCACUGCCUGCGCCAGAAGUCGGAGCAGGAGCUCUUGGAGACGUCGCUGAAAAUGGACUUUGGCCAUUUUGAUUUCCUUGGAGACCACAGAGAGAAGCACAUCUUCCUGCCCAUCAUGGUCGAUGGGGUGUUGCUGCCGAAGAUGCCCGAAGAGAUUCUGGCUGACAAGAAAUUCAACUCCAUCCCAUUCAUGAUCGGAAUCAACAAGCAAGAGUUCGGCUGGAUCCUUCCAACAAUAAUAGGCUACCCGAUCUCCGAAGGCAAGCUGGACCACGAGACGGCCAAGACACUCUUGUGGAAGUCCUGCUCCAUCACUAGGAUUCCUGAGGAACUGGUUCCAAUGGCUGUUGAGAAGUAUUUAGGAGGGACAGACGACCCUGUCAAAAAGAAAGAUUCAUUCUUGGAUUUGUUGGGAGAUGUGUUAUUUGGUGCCCCAACUGUGACUGUGGCCCGUUACAGCAGAGAUGCUGGAGUCCCCACCUACCUGUAUGAGUUUCAGUAUCGCUCAAGCUUUUCAUCAGACAUGAAGCCAGAGACAGUGAUUGGGGACCACGGUGAUGAGCUCUUCUCCGUCUUAGGGGCUCCACUCUUAAAAGAGGGGGCCUCAGAAGAGGAGAUCCAACUCAGUAAGAUGGUGAUGAAAUUCUGGGCCAACUUUGCCCGGAACGGGAAUCCCAAUGGUGAGGGGCUGCCCCAUUGGCCGGCGUACGACCAGAAAGAAGGGUACCUGCAGAUUGGCGCCACCACCCAGGCAGCCUGGAAGCUGAAAGAGAAGGAAGUGGUUUUCUGGACCGAGCUCUUUGCCAAGGACGCAGCCAAGAAGCCACCCCAAAGAGAACAUGUUGAGCUGUGA